AAUGGGCGUAUCACACUAACUGAGAAGUUCCACGGGAAUGUAAACUUCAUCAUUGGAACUGUUCCGGUGUUUAUUCAUAACGCACGCAUUACCAAUAUGUCUGAUUCAGGCCUCCUGUCUGAUUCCAAACAGUGUUCUCCGAUUUCAGGUAAAACCAUGCUAUCGGGAAUUGACGAGGAGCCAACGGAGAAUGGUCAUGAUGAGGAGUUGAAAGAUGGCUUAUUGGAACCGCCAGAAAUGUAUAUGAAAGACAGGCGAAGAGCGAAAUCCCUGCCCGCGUACCCAAAGCAGGCUACGCUUUUUGAAGAAAUAGCCAAUAACGGCCGAAAACGGGUGAAGUUCGCAGACUCCAUGGGGCUUGAUUUGGCAAGUGUGAAGCACUUCAGCACAACAGAAGAACCGCAAAUCCCUUCCAAGGUAUUUUUAAGACUGCAGAGCUUUCCCCCUCAACAACAGGACCGAGAGUAUCCAAUUGGGGACCUGUGCAUAAACUUUCAAUCCACCUUGACCAUGGACCGUCUCGUCCCAACUUUCAAGAUGCCAGUUGAGUCUGAACAUUUUGAGACCACGGUAUUGCAGCGCCACGUCAACCUGGAGAAGGUGACCAUCACCCGGUUUGACGUCCGUGGGCAGAUUCGGACAAAUAUUCAAAGUUGUUGCACGAGGGAAGUUGGUGUGAGGUACACGUUCAACGAGUGGCUGUCUUCCGUGGACGCGCAGGCGAUACCCAUGCCUGUGGAUGACAAUAUUGUCGGUGAGCGUUAUACCUUUACCUUGUACACACCUCCGUUCCUAGACCCAACUUCCUCGGUGCACUUCGCCGUGUACAUCAGGAAUGACCAGGGCGAGUUUUGGGAUAACAACAAUGGACACAACUAUACCUUGAAGUAUCACUGUACAGGCAUGGUGACCUACGAGAGCGCGGCAUUUCACGCCACUUAAAACGCGCUCUUAUGCACGUUCGUAAAGUUGGUGUCGUUCAACAAGUGUUCUUAGGAAGUUGUUCUCUAUCACGUGGAUUGAUAUAUACUUUUCAAUAAAGUUAGUAUUUUUCCCUUUACAUCUAGCCCCACCGUGUUAUUAUCAAGGUGGAUAUGCGGUCAUAAUGAUUAUGACUUAAGGCCUACUGAAGAUUGAUGUGCUGACUUUGAACCAAAAAAGGGAACCACUCUGAUCCAUCCUUUUUUAAAAGUAAAACAUGGAGUUGCCAAGUUUACAUCUGUCCAGUUGAGCAUUCUAACCUCUUCUGGAACAGCAUUUAAUAACACAAUAAUUGCCAUUAGGAUCUGUGAAUGACUGAUGAACAUUUAUCAGCUCCACUGCCAGUGGGGACUGCACAGACCCAAGACCAUACUAAAAGACUGCCAAUUAAGUAUUUUAAGAGACAUUACAGUACAAAUACCCAUAAUCAAAGGGGAUGUCACCUGUUCUACAUAAUAUUUGCAUAUCAUGUAAUCUGAUCAGGAGCGCUAUCCUACUUGUUGUGAAUUGUAAUGACUUAUGAAUUCAGAUAUUUUCUAUGAAUUGUGUUCAUCAGUUUCAUCAUUGUGAAUGUUCUCGGCCAUAUUAACAAUUGCAGUACAGUGCACUCCGCUAAUGACUGAAUCAAAUAAUCAAUUUAGUGCUAAAAGAAAAGGAUAGAAUACAUGAUGUAAACAUCCUUAAAUGUACAAUGUCCUUGGCACUGUACACAUUGUCAUACUUAUAAGCGCCGGGCACUGUACUUCAUAUAGUCAACUGAUACAGUGUGCACCACCUAAUCCUAUGUGAAACAACGGUAAAAGAUCAUGCUAAACUUGUGGCAGCCUAUUUCUGAAAAGAGUGCACUACUUUUGACCUAUAGUGCAAUGUUUUCAAUCUCUGGUCAAAAGCAUUGCAUUAAAGGGAAUGGCUGAUCUUAAGUAGUGUACCAUUUCAGUCAUAGCCUUUGAUUCAGGGCCCAGGAUAUUGCAGUUUGAAAAUGUGGGACUUAUCCUAGUUAUAAAAUCAUGUGAGAAGCUAAAUCUGCCAGAGUUCUCUGCCACAAACCAUAUUAAUUCUUGUUUGUACUCCCAUGGACACCAAGGAAAGAUUUAAUGAGCAAUCUGUUAUAUUGGUGUGGAUGGCUACACAGUGAAAGGCUUGUAAGAUUUUGAACAGUGAAUAUCUACACUGGACUGUUAAUUGGACUCGUCAAUUCUUGAUUCUAUAUUUUUUGAUGAUUUGUGUAUUUGUAUUGUAUUUGCGAGACAUUCUGCUGCACUGUUGGAGCUAGUUUAUAUUUAAUUCGCCAUCAAUCAGCAUCUCCACACAAAAUAGUUUUUCUGGGUGUGUGCCAGCUCAUGUUUUUAUUCUACUGUUGGAGCUAGUAACAAUCAUUUUGCUGCACCUGGUAUAACAUCUGCAGAUCUGUAUACACAACCAAUACACUUUGAUUUCAAUAAAAUGGUCUAAGAGGCA